GGUAGUGGUGCGGGACACAUGUGCAGUCAGCUCGCAGACAUGGUGACUUGUAACGCCAGGCAGACGGAGGAGUCUGUAUGUACUAACAAGAGGAAGAGAGAGGAGGAGGUCACCCCGCAGGACCGAGGAGAUGGCGCCCUGUGCACCAGCGUGAAGAAGGCCAGAUACCCGAGGUAUAGGAAGCAGUCCCUGGAGCUGAAGAGCUGUGACUCUGGGGUGUGUGACCUCUAUGAGACCCCCAGCCCCAGCCCUACCUCUGAGACCCCCAGACCUGCUGCCUCUGACCUGUGCCCCAAGAUCUCAGACCGGCUGGGCCUGCAGAACUUCAGAGACUAUGGGGAAGAAUGCUACAAGUUCAAGAAGGGCCUGGAGAAGAAGUACCUGGCAGCACACUGCAUGGCCAAGCAGCCCCAGCUGAGGCCGGAAUCUCGGUGUAAGCUGGUCAGCUGGCUCAUCCCGGUGCACAGACAUUUCAACCUGGGCUUCGAGUCCUUAUGUCUGACCGUCAGCAUCCUGGACAGAUUCCUUUCCUGCACACCUGUGGCGAUCGACUGCUUCCAGCUAGUGGGUGUCACGUCUCUACUCAUCGCAUGUAAACAGGUGGAGACACGACCUCCCCGAGUGAAGCAGCUGCUCGCCUUGUGCUGCAACAACUUCUCCCGUGAACAGCUCUGCAACCUGGAGUGCAUCAUCCUGCUCAAGCUUCAAUUCCAGCUGUCGGCUCCUACCAUCGACUUCUUCCUGCAGCAUUUCUCCCUCCAGCAGCUGACGGACGAGGAACCUUCGGAGCCGGACCUCUGUGAAGCCUCCAAAUCUCUUGCCUUGGCAAAGGGCAUAGCAGAACUGAGCCUGGCCGACUAUGCCUUCAAUGCAUAUCCACCGUCCUUGAUGGCCGCCUGUUGCUUGGCGCUUGCUAAGCGCAUGUUACGCCAGGAGAGCUCUACCGGCGCGCAGGACAGCGGAUAUCCCGAGGGCGAACUGCAAGAAUGCAGGACCAAGAUCAAUUUGCUCGUCUCGUUGAAUAAAAAUUCCCUGCAGCGGCUUCUUCCCAGUGACUUGCCCGAGGUGGCUAUGGAAGUGGACACUUAAAGACUAAUUAUUAUUAUCUUUUUAAUUCCUCAGGUUUACGUUAAGUGAACAGCUAAUUAACAAUGCAAAACGGCUGCUAAAGGUCGACUAAUUUAUUUCUUACCCAGUGAAUGAAGGAUAUUGAUUUUCUUCUCGGAUAACAGUAUUGCGUUAUAGGCAAAGACUUUAAGUUUUUUUUUCUUCGUAUUUAUGGUGCUGUAAA